AUGUCGCGUACCCCCGCUUCUGCUUCCGUCGUCACCCCGCCGCCGCCACAGACGCGCGAGGCCGCCACUACGCGUGCAUCAGAGAAGCUGUCGACCUCGAUCGACGCCGACACUGCGCGUUUCUCCACCUUCUCUGCAGAGUGGGAGCAGACUGUUGGUGAUCUGCCAGACACGGCGCUCUACGACGCGAUCGUUGACGGCAAACCCGACGCGUGGGUCGCGUUUGAGUCUGAGAGCCCCACCUCGGCUGUUUUCCCUGGCAACAACGCGUCGCCCCCGACGACCAACGCGUCAACACGGGCCGUCGUCGCGUCCACGCCGCCUCCCCCACCACCUGUUGUUCAGAAGCAGGCCGUUCCAUCACAACCGUUGCAACGGACCCCGGUGCAUGUCCAAAACACGCCGGUGGCUGUCCCGCUCCCACAGACGCAGAUUCCGUCGGUCAAUUCUGUCCCGUCCGUUGAGAUUCUGGCCCAACAGCCGGAGUCGCGUCCAAACAACGCUACCAGAGAUCCCACGUCCGUCACCAGUACGGCGCGCAACUCUGUGAUUGGAGAGCUCGACCAGGCAUUCCGUCUCGGUGCAGAGCCCAAGUUGCAAGGUCCUCCAGGCAUGAGCGUGGGUGAAACUGCUGCCGUGGCAACCACCACUGUGGCGGCCGCUGGCGCGGUUACAGCCGCGGCUGCUUCUCGUCAGAGCCAGCAACCAAAGCCGACGCGUCCUGCCCUCCGCAACAUCAGUGCUUCUGAAACUGCUCCUGCGACAGAUGGCAAGCAGGACAAGAAGAAGCACCGCCGUUCUCUGUCGCUCUCUUCCCUCUUCUCCCGCAGCAAGCCCAACUUUGAGGAGCUGCCCCCGCCUCCCAAGAUUGAGCCUCAGCAUGUCAAGGCAACGGGGACCGACAAGCCCAAGGCGGAGAAGAUGCCCUCGAAGCGCUUCUCCAUGAAGGACCUCUUCGCCGCGUCCCAGGCGGAUCCCGCGACUGGCAAGAAGGUCCGCCGUUCGCAGAGCAAGCCCGACUUACGCGCCGGCAAGCACUUUGACCACAAGGACGCGCCGCCUGUCCCUGCCAUCCCGGAUGGAGUGUCCAACUAUGUGCCGGACGCGCUCGCGGCCCUGACCAAGAACGCCGGUGCUGCACCUGCCGCGCCUCCGUCUGCGCCCAACACGCGCGCGGACAGAGUCAGCACAAGCGCCACAUCAGAGAAGCCUACCAAGAAGGACAAGCGCCAGAGCCACAGCCGUAGCUCGUCGCUCGGCCUCGGCAAGCGCAUGAGCAUUGGCAACCUCUUCAAGAAGUCGCGCGACCAGGAGGAGAACAUCCCCGCCGUGCCAUCGCUCCCAGAGGCCUGGGCCAGGCCACCCGCGCCUGGCAUGCGCCCUUCGCAGAGCGUUACCGACUUACCCGCGACGCUGUCCAAGCCGAUCCCCGCUCCCUCCCCCCUGGCUGCCAAGCGCUCCACCAUGGCUGUGGCUCCAGGCCCGGGUAUCGCGAGCACCAUGCCUACCGGACCUGUCAAGCCAAUCUCCUCCGCCACGGCGUCUGCCUUGGCCAACCUCCAGAGGCAUCCAAACCCCUUCCCGACGCCGACGAUGCAGAUGCCGACGCCCACAAUCAACAAGCGCGCCACGGUCGGCACCGUUCCGCUCUCGGACGGCACGCGCCAGAGGACCAUGUCCGGCACUGGCAAGCCUUACCCCGUGCAGACCAGGAUCCGCCCUCCCUCGGUAGACGGCUUAUUAAACAAGGCCGCCAUGUCGCCGACGACUGAGAAGCCGCCAGCGAAUGUCGCGCUGCCUGCUGCUGUGGUGCCCGCCGAGAGGCCGCAGACUCCGAUCAAGGGCCCAUUACGCAUCGCCAACCCUUCCAGCCCUUCGUCUGAGGGGAGCCCUGUGACCACUGAGCACGCUUUUGAGCAGACUGUCCCGCCCGCUGUCCAGGUCGCCCCUUCGGUGCCUGUGGCUGCGCCCGCUGCGGAGAAGCCUGUUCUCAAGGUCGAGACGUCUACCCCGGUGACGGAGAAGGCGACGCCGGCAUCGGCAGAGAAGCCUGCUGUGGACCAGAACGCCUGGAUCACGUCUCGCCCUCCCCCAAAGGAUGAGAAGGCCUCGGCCGCGCGUGUGACCGCCGGUAUUGCUGGUGCUGCAGCUGUUGCAGCCGCUACGACGGCUGGCGUUGUCGCUGCGCACAAGACCAACACGGCGCCCUCGGCACCCGCCACUGUUGACGCGAACGAGAACGCGACUGGUUCUCAGCCCGCCUCGACUGGUUCUCAGCCCGCCUCGCCCACCGACGGUGGCCUUGCCCACCUGGCCUUUGCUGCUGCGUUCGACCCUCCCGAGUCUGCUUUCAAGGCGCCCCCGCCCAGCACGAAACGGCUGUCGUCGCGCACAGUUGGCCUCGGCCUCCUGGGCUCGAUCACCAACGUCAAGUCUGACCCCUCGGUCAAGCAGCCCGUGAUCGCCGCGUACACCAAGGAGCAGCUGCUGCAGGAGCAACAGCUGAAGGAAAACGCAAAGCCAGCCGCCACCGUGACCCCAAAGCGAUACACCUCCCCCCUGCCAUCGCCCCUGUCUGAACUACCACCGGUGGCUGAAGCCCCAGUGAGUGAGGAGCCGGCCCUGGAAGUUCCGUCUUCGACCAUCCCCAAGGCGGCCGGAGGACUCGGACGGGUUAACAGGAACAGCUCCAUCCCAGCAGCGCUAGCCGCGACGGCGGCCCGGAGGCGAUCCGAGUCGCCUGCUAGCCCGAGCCUCAUUAGCCCUCCCUUGCCUACCGGGUCGACCAUUGGCUCGCCAGGCAUGGUGGCUGCCGCGACCAUUGCGACUGCCACUGUUGCCACCGCCGCCACUGGCCGCAAGACGUCCCUCCCCGCAUCUGCAUCAUCGUCCUCGCUCGCUUCCUCGCCUUCCAUGCCCAUGGUCGCCGUGGCUCGCGUGUCUCAGGACGACCUGACGACCAUCACGAUGAACAAGACCACGUCCCCAGUUUCCAUCAAGCGCGUCUCCUUACCCACUGUGCCCGGCGGCUGGCCCAUGUCUCCGCCAACCCACGCUGGCUCGGUUGACUCGAAUUCAUCGGCGUUCUUCACUCCUGUGGAGGAACGCAACGACCCGUUCCCCAAUCCGCCGUACGCUCACAGCAACACGUCGUCGGCGUACAUGCAGUCGAGCACGUCGUCGCGUGCCGACUCGCCUCUUGGCUUGGGACUCGACAACCUUACCCAGCAGACCGAGGAGAUUGUCGCCGACUCGACCGAGACGACCCCCCGGGCCGCUACGCACAACGUUCCGCGCCCCGACUCGGGCAUCACGUCGGCCUUUGCUGGGUUCGCCCGCCGCGAAGUUGGAACCGUCCCCCUCGGCGUGAGCGUCAACCGUGGCGCGGGAACUACUGCUGUUCUCCACAACCCUGUUGUUCGCCACUCAACCCCCACUCUGCUCGAGGACGCCGCCAACCGUGUCUCGGUUGGACCUGACCUUGCCCUUUGGGCCGCCGCGACUGGCAAUGAGCACAGCAUCCCCGAGGUCCUGCGCUCGAGCUCGCCCGAGCCGCUCAUUGCCGACGACUCGACCGGCGAGUCGACCAACACGGCUACGCCCGAGAGCGUCUCUUCCCACGGCACCAACACGGAUGACGGCGACGGUAUCCCGUACACGCCGCGAACGCCCGAGUUGAGCACUCUGCCGCACGGCGUGUCACCAGCAACACCCUCCCCUGGUUCCUUUCCCGCUGCCACCGUCACGGUAUCCGAUACCCCCAGCAAGUAUACCGCGUCGCGACGACCCUCGCGUGGGCCGUUCCGCCCCGCACACUACGACAUGAGCACGACCGACGACGACGAGUCCUUUGACACGGCGCACGAGGGUAUCAUGUAG